GUCAGCCCAGUUCCUAAACGUGUCCCAACAGGUCUUCUCCUUCAAAGUCUCUCCCUCUCUCUAGAGCCUCAGUUUUCAAUUUCAGAUCUAGGGUUUUCUCUCUUAACAAGCCUCAGAGAAAUGGACGCCGUAGACUCAGUCGUCGAUCCCCUCAGAGAGUUUGCCAAGGACAGCGUCCGCCUCGUCAAGCGCUGCCACAAGCCCGAUAGCAAAGAAUUCACGAAGGUGGCGUUCCGUACGGCGAUCGGUUUCGUGGUGAUGGGAUUCGUCGGCUUCUUCGUGAAGCUGAUCUUCAUUCCGAUCAACAACAUCAUCGUUGGGUCUUCUUAGGUAAUUGUGAAACGUUAAGUUGCUAGAGGCGGAAGGCAAACGGGGCAAGUGCGAGUUAAUGUUUUAAGAGGAUUGCUUUGCAUGUAGUUUCCAGGAUGCUCUUUUUUGAUAUGUAUGCCAGUAAACAACGAUGUUUGAACUCUUUGUUUUAUUCUUUCAAUUUCGUAGUACAUUGGUUGCCCCCUUUAAAAA